AUGGCCUGUGUUUUUCCAUUUAAUUUUCAUGACGUGAGUGUUUAUGUACUGUACAUACAUCCCAUAGUCCUACAAAGUAAGAAGACAGCACAUCACUGUUCAUUUAGCAACAAAAGUGCUUUACAGUCAGACAGCAAAGUAGACGCCAUGUCCAAGAACAGCUCACAGCUUGGUCCAUCAGCUCCACUGAACACACUCAAUAACGGAUUAGAAAAUGGCAAUGUCGAUAUCGAGUCCUUUGCUAAUCAAAGGGCUGCUAAUGGCGAUCCAGCUUCCAUACCUUCAGUCAUUACUCAAUUGUUGCAGAUGCUGGAAGCAACAAAGGCUCGUCAUUCAGCGAACUUGCACACCACUGAAGAAUCAUCUCCAUUGAGUGACAGGACUGUCAGUGAGGACCCAAGUACAGACACAGUCCCUGAGCAGCCUCAGGAGUUCAGUACGAGACUCACUAAGAUGGGCUGCUGCUCGGUGCCCAACUCAUCGACCUCUGCUAACGGCCGGAGCUCAGUGAGCUCUGAAGAUGAGACUUCGCCUCGAGACAAAAAGCAGAAAAACUCUAAAGGAAGUAAUGACUUCUGUGUUAAGGACAUCCAUCAGGCUUCGUCUGGUCGCAGAGAAAUAGAAAUAGCAGAGCAAGACAUGCCAGCGCUGAUGAUGCUAAGAAAGGCAGGCCAGGGAGAGAGGCCACUAACAGGGGCGAAAAUAGUGGGCUGUGUCCAUAUCACAGUACACAUGGCUGUCCUGAUCGAGACGCUGUCUGCACUGGGUGCUGAGUGUCGGUGGACUUCUUGUAAUACCUACUCCAUCCAGAAUAAAGUCGCUGCAGCUCUUGCGGAGGCCGGUGUCCCUGUAUUCGCAUGGAAAAGGGAGUCUGAGGAUGAAUACUUCUGGUGUAUAGACAGUUGUGUUAAUGUAAAAGGCUGGGAGCCAAACAUGAUUCUUGACGAUGGAGGAGACAUGACGGACUGGAUCUAUAAGAACUACCCGCAGCUCUUCCAGAGCAUCAAGGGGAUUGUUGAAGAGAGUGUGACUGGUGUUCACAGGUUAUAUGAAAUGUAUAAGACUGGGAAGCUUUGUUGCCCAGCAAUAAACUCCAAUGAGUCCGUGAUAAAGCAAAAGUUUGACAACUUUUAUUACUGCAAGGAGUCAAUCGUGCAGGGUUUGAAGAGGACCAUGGCUCUUACUUUGGGUGGGAAGCAGGUGGUUAUCUGUGGAUAUGGAGAGGUGGGAAAAGGCUGCUGUGUUGCUCUGAAAGGGAUGAACGCUGUUGUAUAUGUAACAGAGAUCGACCCUGUUUGUGCACUACAGGCCUGCAUGGAUGGUUUUAAACUGGUCAGACUGAAUGAAGUCAUCAGAGUGGUGGACGUAGUUAUCACCUGCACCGGAAAUAAAAAUGUGGUAACACGAGAGCACAUGGAUCAGAUGAAGAAUGGCUGUAUUGUGUGUAACAUGGGCCACUCCAAUACAGAGAUUGAUGUGGCCAGUCUGAUGACACCAGAGCUGACUUGGCAGCGUGUAAGAAUGCAUGUGGAUCACAUCAUCUGGCCAGGAGGCAAAACCAUAGUGCUACUGGCAGAGGGUCGGCUGCUUAACCUGAGCUGCUCUGCUGUGCCUGUUUUUGUGUUGUCCAUUACAGAAACAACUCAGGCUUUGGCAUUGAUUGAGCUGUUUAAUGCACCUGAGGGACAUUAUAAACGAAACAUUUACUCAUUUCCUAAAAAGAUAGAUGAGUAUGUAGCACUUCUGCACCUCCAGAGCUUUGAUGCACAUCUAACCGAACUUACAGAUGAGCAGGCCAAGUACCUGGGUGUGAACAAGAACGGCCCCUUUAAGCCAAACUAUUACAGGUAA